ACCAAAUCCGUCAGAGUGGAAAGAUCAGUGAAAUUGAAGUGAAAUUUGGAAAUAUGGCAGGGUCUUUAGGAGUAUUUUCACUCCUUUUAUUCAUAUUUGCUAUAUUCAUAAAUGAAGUUAAAACCGUUCCGCAGAGUAGUUCAACUAAACCAGUGUACAGUUGGGAUAAGUUUGAAUUUGAGGCAUUGCCACAUAGUCAAUUCACGGAGGUGGAAGGCCAUAAGUAUCAAGAUCGUGAUAAUAUCGUUCCAACUGCAUUCUCCUAUCACUACCCCUCUGGAUGCAUUUUAAUGGCUAUUCCGAGGAGAGAAUAUGGAGUACCAGCAACUGUAGCUUUCUUCAACAGCAAGGACUAUCAAAAAUCCUAUUCACCUCGUCUCCGUGGAUUUCCCAGUUAUUACGAUAAUUAUGUUCCGGGAUGGUUUGGUGUCUACGAUCUUACAGAAGAUGAUUAUAAGUACGAUAUUUAUCCGGAUUCAUACAAAGUGAAAAGAGAUGUAGCAGGAAGUGAUAGUGGAGACGAAACAGAGCAUGUAAUUGAAGGUGAAGAAGAUGAUGAAGUUAGGAAGAAGAGACCUAGACCACCUUACGGAGGUGAAUACUACAAACCAUCGUCAGGACAUGGAAGUUCUCAUGGCCAUUACAAACCUAGUCACAGCCAUCAUGGAUAUCCCUCCUAUCCCUCAUACGUACCCACUUCGAAACCGACAACAACUUAUCCCACACCAAAACCAACCUACAAACCCACAUAUAAACCUACAUAUCGACCCACGUAUAAGCCUGAAUAUAAGCCUGAAUAUGAGCCUGAGUAUGAGCCUGAAUAUGAGCCUGCAUAUAAACCCACAUACAAGCCCACAUACAAGCCCCCAACAACUCCUAGGCCGACUUACAGGCCUACAUACAAACCUGUGCCAACUGUCUCUAGGCCUACAUCUAAGCCCACAUAUAAGCCUACAUAUCCUGAAGCAAAACCCCCUACGUAUUAUCCGGAAAAACCCCCUGCAUAUUAUCCAGAAAAACCUUCAACAAGUUAUCCAGUAAAACAACCCCAACGCAAUUCUUACCACUUUAUAUCGGUCUACAUCAGCUGCAUUAUCAACCAAUGCAGUCGUCUAUUCUUCGUAGAUACCGGUGUCCUACAAUAUCCUGAAGGAAAUGUAGUUAUCCGGCGCCCGGUUCUCUGGGUAUUUGACAUAUAUGGAUGCGAUGAGAAAUCUUUGGAUAAACCACCGGCGCUUAAAGCUACACUACCAGACAAAGUUGUAAAUGAUGCAACAGGAUUUUACACCCUUGCCGUUGAUAUCUAUGGAACAUGCAAUGAAUUUGCAAUUUACAUUGCAAAUGCCAUGGACAAUCGUAUUGUUGUCUACGACAAUGCUAAAAGAAGCUUCUGGUACUUCAAGCAUGAAACUUUCUAUCCAGGAGCAGAAAGGCCCUACCUACACAGUUUUGCCCCACUUCCGGAUCCUUUCAAUUGGGGUGUAUUCGGAAUAACAGUGGGACCCAGGACUAGUUACACUUACGCUGAUGUUUUCUAUGGUCCAGGAACAAGUUUGGGAGUAUUUAAGACUAAUACGGAAAUUCUAAGGGAUAAAUAUCAAUCUCCAGGAGAUCCUAAAUCAUCAAACUUUGGAUAUAUUGGCUAUCGAGGGCCACAGAGCCUUGCUAUGAUGCUGUAUGAUGACCCAACCCAAGUUCUCUUCUUUGUUAGUUUAAUGACGAACACAAUAUCUUGCUGGAACAUUAAUACACAACUUAAGGAAGAUAAUGUACCUAUAGUAUUUACUGAUCUUCAGUACGCAGUUGAUGUUCACAUUGAUGAAGAGAGAUACCUUUGGAUUAUGAUGCAGAAUAUGGAUUGGGACUUCACUAAUGAAUUUUUAACAGUCACUGAUUACUACUAUCGUCUCUAUCGUGUACGCAUUGAUGAUCUAAUUCGUGGAACACCCUGUGCCUCUUCAAAGCUAAUUUAAGUUUCUAAGAGAUGAAUUGUUUCAAUACUAACAUUUCAUAUAAUUAAAAAAUUGUCAAACUUACUUCAGUGGUCAAUAAAAUCAUUAAUUUAA